AUGGGGGAGCAAACUGCACACAUUUGGUCAAGUGUUGAUACACCUGAAGAUCCGAGCGACACUGAUGUCAUUGAGCAAGAAGUAACUCAAACAACCAUACAUACAGGUGGUAGCAUUGGAUUUGAGGAGCACUGUCUUAAAUUGAAAGAGUUGACGGGUGAAGACCCCUCAUUCAUUGAUCUUUAUUAUAAGACACAUCUUACCGCCAAAUCAAAGAAAAUAUAUUUUGGGGGAGAUAAAGAGGCGCCAGUGGAUUUUGUGAAUGAGACAUCUAGGGUGGCGAUCGAAUCAUAUAACAAAGCCCUAUCUCAAAAAUACGGUGAUGAUCCGACUUAA